CAAAUUUCCACUCACCACCCACUUCGGGACUCGGCGUCGUCACCAUUUUUCACCAUCCACUUCUUCUUCCCCAAAACCGCCCGAUUAGCCCCGAGUCGUCAUGGGUUCAGCCGGCGAGACCCAGAUCACCCCAACGCACGUCAACGACGAGGAAGCGAACCUCUUCGCGAUGCAAUUGGCCAGCGCCUCCGUGCUCCCCAUGAUUCUGAAAUCAGCGCUCGAGCUGGAUCUGCUCGAGAUCAUCGCCAAGGCUGGCCCUAAUGCUCAGGCUUCGCCCUCCGACGUUGCCUCUCAGCUGCCGACGAAGAAUCCCGACGCGGCGGUGAUGCUGGACCGCAUGAUGCGGCUGUUGGCCAGCUACAACGUCCUGACCUGCUCUGUCCGAACCCUUCCCGACGGCAAGAUCGAGAGGCUCUAUGGUCUGGCCCCCGUCGCUAAAUACUUGGUUAAAAACGAAGACGGCGUCUCUAUUGCUCCCCUCAACCUCAUGAAUCAGGACAAAGUCCUCAUGGAGAGCUGGUACUACUUGAAAGACGCGGUUCUGGAAGGAGGGAUUCCAUUCAACAAGGCACACGGGAUGACAUCGUUCGAGUACCACGGGAAAGAUGGCAGGUUCAACAAGGUCUUCAACAAGGGCAUGGCCGACCACUCCACCAUCACCAUGAAGAAGAUUCUGGAGACCUACAACGGCUUUGAGGGCCUCAAGUCUCUCGUCGACGUCGGCGGCGGCACUGGAGCUGUCAUCAACAUGAUCGUCUCCAAGUACCCCUCCAUUAAAGGCAUUAACUUUGACCUCCCCCAUGUCAUCCAAGACGCUCCCUCUUAUCCAGGUGUGGAGCAUGUUGGUGGGGACAUGUUCGUCAGUGUUCCAAAAGCUGAUGCUGUUUUCAUGAAGUGGAUAUGCCAUGACUGGAGUGACGAGCACUGCUUGAAAUUCCUAAAGAACUGCUACGACGCGCUUCCGGAGAAUGGGAAGGUGAUAGUGGCGGAGUGCAUUCUUCCGGUGGCUCCGGACUCUAGCUUGGCCACAAAAGGUGUGGUCCACAUCGACGUCAUCAUGCUGGCUCACAACCCUGGUGGCAAAGAGAGGACUGAGAAAGAGUUUGAGGCUUUGGCCAAGGGCGCUGGCUUCCAAGCUUUCCGGGUUGUUUGCUCUGCUUUCAACUCCUAUAUCAUGGAAUUCCUGAAGAACCCUUAACUUCUUCGUUUCUCACUCUUCAUAUCUGUUCACAUGUCUUGCAUUUGAGCUUGUCACAUUGUGAUUCUGCUGGUUUCCAUGCCCCUUGUUCAUCCGGAAAUUCUACUUGUCUUCUUAUAUAUAGGAAAAAGAAUCACCAACAAGUUAUUGUAUCCUGCCUCUGUAUAAAAUAAAUGAGUGUAUUCUCUUGUAAUUUAAGAAUUUGCUUCCUUUA